AUGACAACCAGAAUCAAAAUCACCGCCAAUCCACGCUAUCAGAAGUCCGGCACGAAGUCGUACUUGUAUGCCAUGCGCAAGUACCGCUUCACCCCUACAAAGGGUGGGCCGUACAUGUACGGAAUGACGAUGCAGCAGACUGGCAGACAGUACACGGAUAAGCUUGUCGGAGGCCGUGCCCAUUUGCGUAAGGUGAUGCAAAAGAAGAGUGCUGACAGUGAUCAGGUGGGUCAGGUUGGCGCUGAUGAUGUUCAGAAUGAUGCUAUGUAUUUGGCUGAAGUGGGGAUUGGGACUCCGGCUCAGACGCUGAGUUUGGAUUUUGAUACUGGGUCUGCGGAUCUGUGGGUCUGGUCGACGAAGAUGCCUGCUGAGACUUUGUCGGAGAAUAAGAAUCAUACUGUCUUUGAUCCGACUAAGUCGAGUACGUACAAGGUGAAGGAGGGCUCUACCUGGAUGAUCUCCUAUGGAGAUGGUUCUUCUGCUUCUGGCUUGGUCGGCAAUGAUAAUGUGAAUAUCGGUGGACUGGUUGUUAAAGGCCAGGCUGUUGAGUUGGCCGAGAAUUUGUCUGCUCAGUUUGCACAGGGUGCUGGUGACGGACUUCUCGGACUUGCUUUCGGCAAUAUCAACACCGUCAAGCCCAAGGCUGUCAGCACACCUGUCGAGAAUAUGAUCACGCAAGUCGAUAUCCCGAAGUCGGCUCAGCUGUUUACCGCUAAGCUGGGGUCUUGGCGAGACUCUGAUGAGCCGGAUAAGGGCGAAUCGUUCUAUACUUUUGGGUAUAUUGACCAGGACACAGUGAAGGCUGCCGAGGAGGAUAUCUACUACACGCCUGUUGAUAACAGCCAGGGAUUCUGGGCGUUCGAUUCGACUUCGGCGACUGUGAAUGGGAAGACUAUUGCUCGGUCUGGAAACACCGCUAUUGCUGAUACUGGUACUACUCUGGCGCUGGUUGAUGAUGAUACUUGUCAGGCUAUUUAUGAUGCUAUUGAGGGAGCGGUGUAUGACGAUGAAAACCAGGGUUGGAUCUAUCCAUCUAACACUCCGGCUGAUAAGUUGCCUGUCAUUGCCUUUGCUGUUGGCGACAAGCAGUUUGUUGUGCAGAAGGAGGAUCUCGCAUUCGCUGAGGCUAAGACUGGUUAUGUUUAUGGUGGUAUCCAGAGUCGUGGUAGUAUGACCAUAGAUAUUCUUGGUGAUACCUUCUUGAAGGCUGUCUAUGCGGUCUUCGACGUGGGCAAUAUGCGCUUUGGUGCUGUGCAGCGAAAGGAACUGCACCAGAACCUAUCUGUGCCUUCUUAG